AUGGCCGAAACCCCCGGCCUCCCCUUCGGCCAGGCCCUCCUCCAACGCGCCUUCUCUCCCGAGACCGCCAGCUCACACUACAGCGAGCGCAUCGCCAAGCGCCCCCUACCCAUCCGCGCCACCUCUCCUACGCCCUCAGCGCGCGCAACGCGCCGCCGCGCCCUCAACGAGCGCAAAGCCAAAGCGCACAAGCGCACCACCCAAAAGCCGCACCCUCUCUCCGCGGCGCAGAAACGCAAGCUGGGACUGAACGAAAUCGCCAAAGAGCAGCAGAAGUACGCCAUCUACGAGCCCUUGCACAGCCUGUGGGUGGGGUACAUGCGCGAGAUCCUCGGGCUGAGCGCAGAGGGCAGUGCGAAAAUGCACGUGACGCCCAAUAGCGCAGGACAGAUGCUAGCGAGCGCCGACAUGCACGGUGCGGUGCUGAGCGUGGUGCGCAGUCGGUGCGUGAGUCGUGUUGGGCUGGAGGGGAUUGUGGUUAGGGACACGCGGUAUACGUUUGAGAUUGUGACGAGGGGGGACACAGUCAAGAGCGUGCCGAAGGAACAUACCGUGUUCCGCUUCGAGAUACCGUUGCCCAUCGGCGAGGGAGAGGAGGUGCCUAGGCCCCUGGUGUUUGAGAUCUUUGGCGAGCAGUUCCAGACUAGAGCGCCGGAUCGUGCGAAUAGGAAGUUCAGGCUGCAUUAUCAGCCGGAUCUGUGA